AUGGAUGCUACAAAUCCGAUGUCAAGUCAACGGAACGACGAGAAUAGGGCGGUGACGGGAGAUGUUGCGGCGGAAGCGGGGGGGGAUGAUCCUCAACCCGAGCGGGUGAACGAGGAAGCAUUUUGGAGAGACUCCGGUGACUUUUCAAAUAGCACUGUCGCCAGAUAUGAUGAUGACGAUGAUGAUGAUGAUGGAUGCAACAUGCCAGCAAGGGAAACUACAUGGAAGGGGAGUCUCGGGGUUCUUUUCUGGGGAAAUGCAAAAACAGUGCCUAAUGAAAGUCCAGCACGAGUUUUCCAAGGUCACCACGAAUCGCAAUCUGAUCCCAACAGGACUGGCAGAUAUACGUGGAUCGGGCGCGAUGGGCUACUUCUGGUGAACCCCGCUGCGCGCUGGGAGUGGGAUUGUAGGACAGAGGCUAGAAGGGUUAAAGAAGACUCACGGAAAGGGAGAAAUCGAGACCAGUCUGAGAGUCAGAUCUGGUAG